AUGCCACCGCCGGCAGCCAAUGGGUCGCAGCGCCUCAAGUCCAAGACGGGCUGCCUCACGUGUCGGGCGCGCCGCAAGAAAUGUGGUGAAGAGCAGCCACAUUGCGUUGCAUGCCGCCGGAAUUAUCUCAUCUGCACUUGGCCGUCCACCGUCCAGCAUGAUUCCUCAUCGGCAUCCUCGUCGUCAGCAGACGCGGUGCAGCAGCAUCGGCCGCCACCCCAGAAACAGCAGCCCACCGCACUCGUGGCUGUGGGUCCAGCCAAAGCACAUGGAUCAGACAUACACCCACGGACCGCUAUUACCGGCACCAAACAAGUGCGUUGCUGGCCUCCGUACGGUAGCAGUGGUGCUAGUGUAUGCCCAGCGUUACCGAAUAGCACCAUGCUUGGGCUCCACAAAGAGAGCGAAAAGCACAUCUUCGACCACUACCUGAACGUAACAGCGACCGAGAUCGCCGGCCGCAUAUUACCUCUCAAUCCGUUUGUGAGCCACCUGGUGCCUGUGGCGUACCAGGAUACGCGCGUGGUCGCGUGUCUUCUGGCACUGAGUGGAGCUCAUCUGUCCACGUACAAGGAUGGCCGAUUCGAGCAUGAUGCACGCUCGUACUACGCCGUGACGCUGCGCGCCGUCAAGCACGGGCUGCUUGCCUGGAAGGAAGCGAGCACGCAGGAUCUCAUCAGCCUCUUCAUCGUCAUAUUGUCGCUUUGCUGGUUCGAGAGCCUGAUCAGCGAGCUAAACGGAAAUGUGUUUUAUCAUCUCCGGGCCAGUCGUACGGUGCUACUCGAGUUGAGGGCCCGAAACAGCCGCGAGCUGCAUGCAUCCUUGUUGGACCUGCUCACCGAGGUCUACGCCUUCUUGGCCAUCAGUGCAAACAUCACUAUCGGCACGGAUUUUCCGGUUAGCCGCUACGUUCCCUACGAUCCGUUUCUGGCUCCUGAGGCGCUCCUGUCUCUCAACUGGGGAAAUGACAUCCAUGGCGUUCUGUUUGGGUCCUCGCAUGAGCUGUUCGGUCUCAUCGUGCUGAUAACAGAGUCGGCGCGGUACCACAUGCGUAACCAUGACCCCGAGCGAAAAGCUGCGGAGAAAAGCGAGUAUGAAAGACGAAUCCUGGCGUGGGAGCACGUUCCCUCAGCAUCAAGCAAAGAAGAUGCCACGGAGCGGAUAGCAGGUCAAAUCAACCAGCAAGUCGUGCUUAUCUUUCUGUACACCACCUUUCACGAUUCCGUGAGGCCUUCUGCUGCUCUUAUGGAAAAGAUCGAUGGUAUACUGGACCGCGUAUUGGAACUCUCGUUCCAUUUGAAUCCCACGUCGCGCAUCCACACUACCAUGACGUGGGCUGCGCGCGUUGCAGGCUCAGUGUGCCGAAAGAAAAACCAUCGUGCCAUGAUGAUGAGCCAAAUGAAAGUUGGGCCCUCCAACAAGCCCAGAGCAAGGCGCACAGAGUCUUUCCUGGGCUAUCUGUGGGCCGAGAUGGAUAAAGAUGAAUCCGUGUACGGCCCUCAUGGCAUAGAAUUCAUCAUGCGAAGCCGGAAUACCAAUCUCGGCUGUGCUUGA